AUGAGUGAUUCGGAAGAUAAGGACAGUAUAUCGAACGUUACCCAACGGAGCAAAAGUAAGGUCGAAAAAAUGAGUGACACCGAAAAAUUGCAACAGGAAAAUGAGCGACUGCGGCAGCAGAUCGAACUGUUGCAAACACAACGGCAGCUUCAAGAGGCGCUCACCCAGCUACAGACACGAUCUAAAAUGCCAGAGCCAAGGGAGAUGGAGAGCCUUGUGAGCAAAUUUGAUCCGAAAGACCCAACUAGUUUAACCGCAGAAGAAUGGGUCAAAUCGAUCAAUAGUGUCGCUCGGUCGUACAAUUGGACUGAUGAUGCGAAGCUGUAUUGUGCUCGGCUUCAACUACAGGGUGCGGCGCGACUGUGGUUUGAAGGGGUAAGAGACGAAGUGGCGGAUUGGAGUACGUUUACGACGGCGAUCAAAGGAGGUUUCCCAUCGUCCAAGAGUUCCAUCCACUACCACAAUCUCAUGCAAAGCCGACGUCGGCUACCGACUGAAACCAUAGAAGAGUUCGUGUACUGUAUGAACGCGAUGGGAAAACGUGGGGGUUUCGAUGAGCAGACCAUCGUAACGUACAUAAUAAAUGGUCUGACAGCAUUUUUGUAUCGAUCUAAGGUCAGUGUAACUAACACCAAUACAGUACAAGAUCUAUUGACGCAGCUGAAGUGGAUUGAACAAAUGCAAGGUUUAGGCAAUGCAAACGUAGAAUCGCAAAGAGUUGGUACAUCGAAGCCUGCUGUUUCAGAUGUGGCUGGUACUUCUGGUAUAACAGAUACACGAGGAAAGAUGAAAAAGUGUUUUCGUUGCCAUCAAGAGGGCCACUGGAAGCGUGAUUGCCCACUAGCUAACCAAAAAUAUCCGUUUGUCGGGCAAAGAGCGGAUAACAGUUCGAUAAAGAUAAUACAGCGGAAAAGCGCCUUCGUGAAGCCAGUGGUGAUCGGUGAUCUGAACUUAACGGCGUUGGAUAAUUUGGUGAUGAUAAAGCGAGGAUCUGAAGUGAAAUUUAAGUUGGAAUCCGAAGAAAGGACCAAUGGAAGCGUCGAAGAUUUCGUAAAUGAAAAACCAAUGACGGUAUUCAAAAUCGACGUAUCAGAAGAAAAGGGUGUCAUUGUGGCAAAUGAUAUUAAGUGUGGUGGCUCAUUGACUGCCCAAAGCCAAUUGCUGGAAGUGAUGAACAAUUAUCGCCAGUGUUUUUCUAAGACGAUGAAAGAGCUAGGGGUAGCGAAUGAUGCCGAAAUGAAGAUAGUGCUUAAAGACACGGAACCAGUGUACGUAAAACCGAGAAAGCUGGAAUAUACUCGGGAGGCUGCAUUGAGUGAAAUCGUGGCUGAUCUCGUUGAGGCUGGAAUCAUUGAAGAGACUGAGUCACCAUACAACAGUCCAGUGGUGUUGGUGCCGAAGAAGGACAAUCAAUUCCGGAUGGCGGUGGAUUAUAGACAACUGAAUGCUAAAACCGUAAAAGAUCGGUUCCCCAUGCCGGACAUAGAAAGCUGUCUCAACAAGCUGGCAGGCGGGAAGAUCUUCAUCUCCGUGGACCUGUAUAGCGCUUGUGGAGGCGAUCUGGCGUAG